AUGUCGUCCUGGCAGCUCCUCGACCCGGAGGAGGAGAACGAGAUCCACAAGUCGCGCCUGUUCAGUGUCGAAGAGCGGCCCUUCAAGCGCAUCACGAAGCGCCUCUCCACAAUCAAUGGCCUCGCCAACUCGAAGAUCCGACAGACCGUCACGCCUCCCCCCGACACCACAAACGCAAGCAACGGCGACGAUAGCAGUGCCGCCGAGGCAGUCGACUUCGCGCAGCUGAAGGAGGACAUUACGUUCGACUUCGCGGCCUUCGACUACACCAUCGGCCGCCUGCAGUUCCUCCAGACCGCCAACGCCCAGCAGCGCGACAAGUACGCCGUCGAGCGCGGCGCCAUCCUCGACACCUGCACCAAGGUCAAGGACAACACGGCGCAGCUGAGGGUCCAGCUCGCCGCCGCGCAGGCCACCCGGGCGCAGAGGCUGCAGUGGGACGCCCUGGCGCGCAAGAUCAACGACAACAAGGCGCUCCAGGAAAGGCCCAAGGCGACGGCGACGCUGGAGAAGUUGGAGGAGGAGUGCAGGCAGCUCGAGGCGGAGAGCGAGACGUACGCCGCCACGUGGAGGGAGAGGCGGGAGCAGUUCAGCAGGAUCAUGGACGAGAGCAUGAGGCUGCGCCGGCUCAUCCGCGACGAGAAGGAGGAGGUCGAGCGGCGGGAGGGCAUGGACGAGGACGGCAGCGGGGAGGGCGACGGCGCCGCGGAUGGGCAUACGCCGCGGCCGGGAAGCGCCAGCGGGAACGCGACGCCCCGGCCAGACGGCGCCGGGGUGGCCUCUGCCGUGCCGAAGGGGCUCGGGGAGAACGGCGACUCGACACCGCGGCCGAUUUCGGUGGGCGGGCGGACGCCGAUGCGGGACAGUCCCGCCCCGAGCGCCGUGGAUGGGCUCAAGCCGAGGCCUGAGAUGUCAGGGAACUUGUCACAGUCUGGCAGCCGGUCGGGGAGCCGGGAAGCGUCACCUGCUAGGAGUGCCGAGCCUGAGAGCCGCCAACCAGAGGGUGAGGAUGUCGAGAUGGGCGAAACGCCUCGCGAUGAUCCCGCAGCAACCCCGCAGAUCACCGUUGAGGGCCAGACUGUUGAGGAUAAGAUGGAUACGUCGUCAUGA